AUGUGGCGAUUGAUAUUUCUGGCGACGAGUGCCGUGAGUCUCGCGACUUGGCCAAACAUGGCCGUCGACUACUUUCGGCACAGGGACGUCAAGUAUGUCACGAUCUUCUCGUGCGAGGAUGCCGCUGGAAUCAAAGCCAUGCUGCGAUUAUUGAUGAAUGACGGCAUACGAGCCACGGUUGGUUUGAUAAACCAAGGUUCGAUAAAUUUAAGGCGGCUGUUGCAUCAAUACGAGGCCAGCGUCGGGGUACUCUUGGAUGGAGGUUGUCUCAACACACCGGAGAUCUUGAUCAAUGCCUCGGAGUCAUCGAUGUUCGAUGACACGCAUUUCUGGUUGGUUUUGAACAACAACUGCAGUAACUCUGGUUUCGUAGAGGAAAACUUCCAGGACCUGAAGCUUAGCGUGAACGCUGACGUUGCAGUAGCUUCUUCUUGCGGAGAUUCCUACCAGCUUACGGACGUAUUCAAUUUUGGUCGGGUGCAGGGCAACGCGUUGGAGACCAGAGAGCUGGGAGCUUGGACAUCGGAGCGAGGUCUGGAGAUUUUGGUCCAUGUUUUCAAGUACUAUAAUCGCUGGGAUUUUCAUAAUUUGACGCUUCGCGCCGUAUCGGUGAUCCGCAACAGUUCAAAAGAGUUCCACGAGGAAAUGCUGUACGAGCCAGGGUUCACGGAGGGAGUGGCCGCCAUGACCAAGGUCGCCUCGCAGCUGCUCAAUCUGCUGAAAGACACGCAUAAUUUCCGUUUCAAUUAUACUAUUGUGGGGCGCUGGAUAGGGACGCCCGAGCGGAACUCCACUAAGGCCAUCUCGAACGUGCUAUUGUGGCGUGAACAGGACAUCUCAUCGACGUGUGCUCGGCUCUUUUCCAGCUGGUUGGACUGGAUGGAUCCGUUCUUCCCAACAGUCAUAGAGCUUCAGACCAAAUUCUACUACACAAUACCAGACAAAGGCGUCGGCGACUAUGAGAACCGGUUCCUAACGCCGAUGUCUGAGGGCGUGUGGUGGAGCGCGGCGACGGCGGGGGCGGUGUGCGCGCUGGUGCUGGCCGCCGCGGCCGCGACUGAGCACCGUCCGGAGCCCGGCGCUUAUGGCGUGUUCAGCGUGCUAGCGGCAGGGUUCCAGCAAGAUUACGACGAUGGACAUCAGUCGGAAAAAGAUAGUUCCGGUCGCAAGCUGGCCCUCCUCGUGGUGGGUUUGACGAGCAUGCUGCUGUACAACUACUACACCAGCAGCGUGGUGUCCUGGCUGCUGAGCGCGGCCGCGCCGAGCCUGGACUCCCUGGACGGCCUGAUCAAGAGCGACUUCGAGCUGGUGUUUGAGGAUAUAGGGUACACGCGACAGUGGCUUGAUAACCCCGGAUUCUUUUACUACAUGGGCUACAAGAACGAUAAAGAAGACGAAUUGCGCACGAAGAAAGUAAUAAACGCCAAGCGAACGCUGCCUCUCUUUGCAAGCAUCGAGGAUGGGAUAGAACUAAUGCGUACGGGAAAAUGUGCGUACCACACGGAGCCGUACACGGCGAGCAAAGUGAUUUCGCGAACGUUCGCGGACAAGGACCUGUGCUCGCUGGCCGGGCUGCAGAGCAUGCCGCCGUCGUCCGUCUACAUCAUGGGCCAGAAGAAUAGCCCUUACAAGCAGUUCUUUGUGUGGAGCAUGAUGCGCCUGUUGGAGCGAGGGCACACGCGGGCCACGCAAGCCCGCGUGGGGGGACAGAUGCCCCCCUGCUCGGGGCACACGCCGCGCGCCCUGUCGCUCGGGCAGGCCGCGCCAGCGUUCCUGCUGCUUGCAGAGUUCUUUGUGCUGUCUGUACUCAUACUGGUGGGAGAGAUUUUGUGGCAUCGAUAUACAUUACGUAAGACUAGCAAACAAGUUUUACCGCUGAUGAAGCAAGAAAAUCACUUCAAACUUCGUUAGGUUAGCUACAUAUCGUCAAUCUUAGUAGACGUUGAAGAUCAACAUGCUGGGAGCACUAUAUGUAUGUACAAAUCAUUGGGUUUUGUCCUUGAUUCUCAUGCCUAUUAUGAAAAAUAGAACCAUGUAGAAAAGUAUAUAAUACCUAACAAUAUCACGCUAUGGCCUUGGCCGAAGCCACCCCGGUGGCAAUUUUCGUAAACCACGUGCUUCGCUUUGACUUUUAUAACACAUUUUGUUAAAAUAUAUGUAGAAGUACCUGCACUACAGUAUUUCAGAAAGGAAACCUUUUCUUAACAUAAUAAAAUAUAAUCUUU